AUGGAGUAUUUGACAAGUUUGCUCAAGAAACUGAAGAAUGAUUCUAACUUCAAUUUCCACCCAAAGUGUGAAAGAAUGCAGAUAGUACAACUCAGUUUUGCUGAUGAUCUUUUGCUGUUUAGCAGAGGAGAUACUAUAUCAGUUAGAUUGAUGUUUGACAUUUUUCAAGAGUUCUCCCUAGCUUCUGGACUAGUUGCAAAUGCUGAUAAAAGUUCCAUUUAUUUUGGAGGAGCGCCAACAAGUAUACAAAAUGAAAUCCUUCAUGAUCUAGGUUUCUCACAAGGGUACUUACCUUUUAGAUACUUAGGAGUUCCACUAAGUACUAAGAGGGUGUCUAUUCUGCAGUAUCAACCAUUAAUUGAUAAGAUCAUGAGUCGAAUACAGAGGUGGACUUUUAGAUUCCUAUCUUAUGCAGGAAGGACUCAAUUGAUUAAGAGUGUUCUGUUCUCCAUUCAAGUGAUCUGGUCACAAGUGUUUGUGCUGCCCAAAAAAGUUGUCAAAUGUAUUGCAACAUUAUGCAGGACCUUUUUAUGGACAAGAGGAGUAGAUGCAUCCAGAAAGGCACUUAUUGCUUGGGAACAUCUAUGUAGUCCUAAAAUUGUCGGGGACCUCAAUAUAUUGAAUAUUCAAGCAUGGAAUAAAGCUGCAAUAAGCAAACUAUUAUGGAAUUUGAGCACUAAGAAAGAUAGAUUAUGGGUGAAGUGGAUCCACAUGUAUUAUGGGAAACAAGGGACUAUAUGGGGUGUCAUAACAACUCAAGCCUCAUGGACGGUGAAGAAGAUAAUGCAGAUGCACAAAGUAUUUGAGACUAUUGGCUGGAAUGAGGAGUAUGUCAAGCAUAUUGGAAAAUUCUCCAUCAAGCAGCUUUAUAAAGCCAUUAGAGGAGAAUACCAGAAGGUGGAAUGGAGGAGGUUCACAUGUAACAAUAUUGCCUGCCCUAAGUGGAUUUUCAUCUUAUAUUUAGCCCUACAUAGUAGGCUACUCACAAGGGAUCGAUUAGCAACAUGGGGUUGUGUGGAAGAUAUUCAAUGUGUAUUAUGUAGGAAUGAGGAUGAGAACCACAAUCAUUUGUUCUUUCGAUGUUUGUUCUCAUCACAGGUCUGGCAGAAGAUACCAAGGUGGCAAAACAUUAAUAGGAAAGUUAAAGGAUGGGAAGAGGAAACAAGUUGGGCAAAUACAUAUUGUAAAGGUAAGCAAGCAAAGGCUGAGGUAUAUAGGAUAACAUUGGCUGCAAGCGUGUAUCUCAUCUGGCAGGAGAGAAACCAAAGAAUUUUCCAGAAAACAGCAAAAACUCCGGCAAUGCUGGCAAAAUAA